AGUGUCUUUGCAAGUCGCACUCUCGCCUACACAGAAAGAGCCACAGCCCUGCUCCUUUGAUGAACAACACCCCCCCAAAACAGCCCUCAACUGGCUUAGAACAAGUUUCAAACUGAGGUAUGCCCUGUGUGUUUGUGCGUAGUGCUCCCGUUUGCCAUUUUCUGUAAAAAUGCACGAUCAUUUCAACCUUUUUGAGCGUGAGCGGAUGCGUCGAUAAGGGUGUGGGUGGGGUAAAUUGUUUAUCAUAACAACCGGUUUCCGUUACACGGGGCAUUCAUUGACAAAGUUCCGGACAAUGGACUUUCAUUGAGUGCCAGCCGACUCCAGACACCAUUGGCAGGGACGCGCGUGUGUCAGCCUGUUGAUUCUUAAUAAGUUGGAGAAAGUUGUGACGACAGUGGUGUCUGCAAGGGAGCUGGGGGCUGGUGGAGUGUUGGCGUCAUGGUGAAGAAUGUUCCGGAAGGUCAAAAAGCGUCACAGCAGCAGCAGCUCCCAGAGCAGUGAGAUCAGUACCAAGAGCAAGUCAGUAGACUCCAGUUUGGGAGGUCUCUCCAGGUCCAGUACUGUAGCUAGCCUCGACACAGACUCGACCAAGAGCUCAGGUAACAGUGCUGCGUCAGAGACGUGUGCUGAGUUCAGGGUGAAGUAUGUCGGAGCCAUAGAGAAGCUGCCGUUUGAGAUGAGUAAGACCCUGCAGGAGCCUCUGGAACUCAUCAACUACAUUGAUGCAGCCCAGCAAGAUGGAAAGCUGCCGUUUGUGCCUGGAGAGGAGGAAAUGGUACUGGGAGUGUCCAAGUAUGGAGUCAAAGUGGCCUCCAUGGAUCAAUGUGAUGUUCUGCACCGCCACCCUCUCUAUCUGAUAAUGAGGAUGCUCUGUUAUGAUGACGGCCUGGGGGCUGGGAAGAACCUGCUGGCUCUCAAGACCACCGAUGCCAAGCAGCAGGACUGCAGCAUCUGGGUGUACCAGUGCAGCAGCGCGGAACAAGCCCAGGCCAUCUGCAAGGUGCUGUCUGCCUCUUUCGACUGCGUGCUGACAUCAGAGAAGUCCUGAAAGGUUGUCGCCCUGAGGGACGGGACUAUCCUGACGCGGGCGCAGCGCCAUGACCAAUCGGGAGCCUGGAAACCAUAGUUUACAGCAGGGUCACAACUUACCCAGCAUGCUUUCCAACACCUCUCACACACCACCUACAGAUUACACACACCAUCCACCCGUCAGGUGACCAUUAUGAGUACGGUUAUUUUUGUCUUUAAUCUAACUUAAUCUUAUUUAAUGUAAAUACAUUAGAAAGUACUUGGGAAGGAAGUGGCCGUUUGCUAUCUAGGUCUCAAAUAAUAAUAUUGUAUCCAGAGACUCCACUGACUUCCUUUAUAAAAGGGGGAAAGUGGUAAUCGUGGUACGUCGGUAUUUCCACCAUGGAUGGAGGAACAGAUCAUUACAAAUAUGCUGUAGACCCCCUUCUCAUCUCCCCUAUACAAACCAAAGGGAUGGUAUCAAUACAUGUUUGUGCCUCUUAUCCCCCUCUCCAUACCACUCCUCCUAUACUCCCCUUGGUCCAGAUGGGAUUGGACCUGUUAAAAUGGUACAAUAAAGGAAAGGAAUUUGAAUGAAUCAAGCAGUCUUUUUUUUCCUUUGAUCCCCGUUUUUGUCCUUUAAGCAGGUCAGUUCCGGUGGCUAGGCUGUCCAGUAUUCCCGUCAUUCUCAGACUGACUUAUGGGAUGCCUGCUUCCUCCCCAACUCUGUGGGAUAUGAGUCCUACAUCCUCCAGGUUGAUGAAGCAUCCAGCCUGGCAUCUGUGUCUGAAGAAAUUACCUUGAGGGACCAAAUGACCCUGUCAUUCGGUGUUAUAGUCAGAUCACAGGAGAUACUGUAUACACAUACCGUUGGGGCCCAUCAUUACAGAGCUAGUUUACUCUCCAUAGAUCGCGAUUCAAUCCGAUUGCCGGUUACAGGCGUUCUUUAAAAGGCAAUAUGCAGCUUUUACUGUGAAUGGGUUCUCCGCGACGAGAGAACACAGCCUUCAAAAACGGAAAUGCCUAUAACCGGUGAUCAGAUUGAAUCCCGGGCUGUACUCUCUGAUAGAGUUCAGUGUGGAUGUAAACCUUGGUUGUAGUGGUAUGGCACCAGAACACAAGUUAGAAGACAUGGACCAUACAUAGGAUUGGGCUGUAGUGGGUUUGACCAUUCUCCACCAGAGGGAGCUCGUUGCAUUACUAUUAUAUUUAGUGUACUGCCCAGGAAGCUACAAAUUUAGUAGUCGAGCACUCUUAAAAUCACCGUACUACACAGCAUUUACACACUUAAACCACUUUGAAAAGCAAUAAUACACUUAAAUGCAAGAGAAGAAAACACUGGGAAUUAUUCCAUUUUAUUAUUCCAGUUUCCCCAUUUAUUUUGCACAAUAGGUUUGAGUCAAUGCUGUGAUCCAGAGUCAAUGAGUGUGAAUGGAAUAGCUUCUCAGCCUUGGUUUGUGUGUACACUACUAGACUACACACUGAACACCAGCUGGAAAACAGCACGUCACCACAGUGCAUUCAAAGACAGUUACUGCCAAGGUCAUUCUCUUAUUUUACACAUUUAAAUAUCAACAGAAUCUAUGUACAUUUACAGAUGAACCAUCCUAUUUCCAGUGAGUUAACAUGGUGUGGCAGAUACAUGCGACACCUCUUGUCGUCGUCUAUCGUAGUUCAUUCACAAUUGAGAGUACUGUAUGUCCCAUUUAAGAUAAAACAUCAAACAUGUAUAGAGAAGAGUUGCUCUGCAA